AUGCGCGUGGUGCCUCGGGGUGGGAAGGACACCUCUCUCCGCCCAUGUUGUAGGACACUGUCUCAGCGUGACAACCCACCCACGGGCGGGUUCCACUGUCGACAGGGCCCCCCGUUUGUGCCGGCGAGGGGUGCCCUGCAUUUCGUGCGGCAGACACCGGGCGUCCUGGCGCUGGCUUUCACAAGCCCUCAUGACCUUUGCAGCGCAGCAGCGUGCCCUGGGGAGGAUUGUUUCGUACAAAGCAGACCUUUGGAUAGGCUUUUCAUUUCCUUCACGGCCAAGCACAAAGGAACAGCCAGUCCUUGCUCACAUAAAAUGACAACAGUCGGCGAGGCAGAUGGGCUGGCUCUCCACACCGAGAAGGUGACUUCUCUGGGGAAGGACUGGCACCGGCCCUGCUUGCGAUGCGAGAAGUGUAACAAGACCCUGACGUCUGGAGGCCAUGCGGAGCAUGAGGGCAAGCCGUACUGCAACCACCCCUGCUACGCUGCCUUGUUUGGGCCCAAAGGCUUUGGGGGGGGAGGAGCCGAGAGCCAUCAAAUAAACCUCAGCCCCCGCCGCUGCUGCGGGGAGGAGAAAGGAGACGAGAGGAGAGGAGCAAGGAGGUCCAUCUGCCCCGAGCUGGUGGCGGAGUGUGGGAAGCACCGAUGCAUGGCCUGA